AUGGGCCGCGGGGUCCUUGAUUGCCUCAGUGGCCAUUGGGUCAUGGGCCAGGUGGUCGGCCACAUUGCUACCUACAAACGACCUGUUAGCCUGGCCGUUUCUGUGUCAUCCCUGAGGCCUCCAUCGUGCGGGCACAGCGUGAAAUCGGAAGACUGUGACAAAGAGUCCCGCAGCGAGAAAAUGGAAGGUGGUCUCCCUGAUGAUCCAAAAGACCUUCAUGAGCUAAGCUUGGAUGAAUACUCCAACUCUGGCAAGUUCAGAAUCGACCACACCCCUUCAUUAAAGCUCCUUGACAAAGCAGCCAUUAAGAGUGGACUAAGUUCAUCAUGGUCACUAUGCUCAGUGACCCAAGUUGAAGAAACAAAGCAAAUGCUAAAAAUGCUCCUCAUUUUAGCAGCAACAUUCAUUCCAAGCACCAUGUUAGCACAGACACACACUCUUCAUCAAGCAAGGCACCGCAUUGAACAGGAGCAUGGCAUCGUGAUCUAUGACCGGUUCUUUGUCCCGGCUAUUCGUCAGUACACUAACAAUCCAAGAGGGAUCACAUUGCUGCAAAGGAUGGGGAUUGGACUUGUUUUACAUGUCAUUAUCAUGUUGAUUGCUUGCUUUGCUGAAAGAAAAAGACUUGGUGUCGCAAAAGAGAAUGGGAUUUUCGGGAAAAAAGAAAUCGUUCCUCUUUCGAUCUUCAAUCUUCUCCCUCAGUUUGCUCUAAUGGGGGUUGCCGAUAACUUUUUGGAAGUAGCAAAGCUUGAGUUUUUCUAUGACCAAGCGCCCGAAGGCAUGAAAAGCCUUGGAACUGCCUACUUCACAACCAGCUUUGGAGUUGGGUACUUUCUGAGCAGUUUUCUUCUGUCAACUGUGGCAGAUAUCACCAAGAAGAAUGGCCACAGGGGAUGGCUUUUGGACAACCUCUAUCUCUCAUUUAGACUAUUACUAUGCUUUUUAUGCUGUCCUGAGUUUUAUCAACUUUCUCUUCUUUAUAGUUGUAGCAAAGUUCUUUGUUUAUAACACAACAUUGACUACACCCAGAGGUAGUUACAGGAAUCUAUGGAGACCUUGCCAAAGGAACCUACAUCUCAAGAUGAGAAUUCCUUGAAGAAUUUAGUGAAUUGACAAUAAUCUUGUACCAUGUUUGCUUCUUGGAAUCUUGUACAAGCUGGCAAAAUCCUUCCCUUUGUCAAAUUAGCAUUCUUUUGCUUCAAGACUGGCCUG